AUGGUGGUGGAAAAAUCGGAUCCUGCAAUAAUAAUAGGGUUAUCGCUACAUUUGUUGUUAACCACAUUGUUGAUUUGUAUACACACUGUGAAAUUGUGUCAACAAAAGCACUAUUUGGUGAUGGUACGUUGUCAAAUAUGUUCAAACUUCAGAAUCGAAUUUCAGGAACAUCAAUGGCUAAUCAAUCAACUAUUCUGGUUAAUUUCAUUUGUUUGCUGGUUAGCUAAUGCGUUGUAUUUUUUUGGAAUGGUGUUAUUUUUGUUGAAAGGUACAAAUAGGUUUCCAGUAUAUGCCAUUGUGACUAUAGGAAUAGCUGUUCUUGGGAACUUUGUCAAACGUAAUCUUGGUCGAAUUUUACCAAUUUUGAUGUCAUUUUGGAUAUUCUUAUACAUCAAUCUUCGAUUUUUACACAAAGUUUUUGAUAUUCAACAUCCCUUUUUGUUCAAGAAAAAAAUUCAAUUUUUGGCUAUAAUUAGUGUGUCAAUUGUUUCAAUGUGGUUGUACAGUAGAUUUGCCGUGAACUGUUGGUUUCCUCCCGACACUAGCACUUUGUUAUGUGAAUUUCACAUGGUUAGUUGUAUUUUCAAAUGUUCUAUUUUUCAUGGAAAACUUAUAGAUGUACGAUAUGAAUCAAGAAUGCAACUUGUCAAGUUUCUCGCCAAAAACCUCAGAAUUAUCAUAUAAAACCAAUAUUAUCUUUGAGAUUUGCAACACUUCAAGCAUUCCUCUUUUAUUCUUAUAUUCAUUAGGCUUCCGUUAUAUUUUGAGAAAAUCGGGAAAAGUUGUCGCAUUUGAAAAAUCCAAAGAAAUCUUCGGUGUUUUUCAAUAUUCUCCGAUUUUUGUAUAUGGAAUUGUGAGUUUUGUUUCCUAAGUACUUCCAUCAACUGAUUUGAGAUAUACAGAUUCGUCUUCUCUGCGCUUUUGUUCACUUUUUCUAUUUUUUCGGCUUUUUUGUGCCUUUUGAUAUUUUGUCAUUCUUAGUUGUUUGUGAUUCUACUUCAGUUUUCGUAUAUACAAUACCUUUAAUGUUCCUAUUCACCAACACGAAUAUGGCUAAGAUUUGGAAAAAACGAUUUUUGAAUGUGAAGACGAACAAAGUUUCUGUUCAAAUACAGAAAAUUGUAGCGGAAAAUGGAGAAAGACGGAUCAAGAUGGACAAGAGCAAUACAAAUGAUAAUGAAAAUGUUGCGGAAUGA